AUGGCCGACUUUUCUGCAAUCUUCGAAAAAUCGCCUUACAAGUCUCUAUACAGGUGCAUUGACAUGUAUCCGGAAGAUGCGUUGCAGGUCGCAUUUGCGGACUUUCGGAAACAAAAGCCCACUGUGGCUGUCUCGCCCUUGUUGCAUUAUUGCGUCCAACAGGAGAAGCUUGCGCCUUUCAUUGAGCUAUUAAAGUCUGGAGUUGGUCCUGAUGAGGACGUUGUCGAGGCUUCCGCUCUCAAGGAGAAUAAGAGCUUUCUCUUCGGACUCUUGGAACACGGCUGGCCCAUCGACCACACUCUACAAGGUGGAAGGGUGCCAUCUUUGCUUUGGUAAGUGCGCCUCGUGCUUACCGCCCCACAGAGCCUGACUGCUUUCCCACAGCCUAUUGAUCGACCAACCGGAACUCGUCAAGGAACUUUUACAACGCGGCGCGAGCCCGAACGCCAUGUCAACGUCAGGUGAGACGCCGUUGUCCGUGGCUGUACAGGCUGGUUCACCCGCCACGAUCAAGAUGCUGCUAGAAGCUGGAGCAGAUGUUCAGGAUGGAGAUGUUCUGCACUACGCUGUCGAACGCGAAGGGGACGAUCUUGAAGUUAUGCGGCUGCUUCUGUCUUGCAAUGCACCGGUGAACGCUAUUCAAUUCGGACAUCCUAACGCUCGCCGCUUGAGACACUCCCUCUUGAGGGGCACGCCGCUUCACAAAGCUUGUCUUCUGGGCAAAUACGAAGUAGUGGAUCUGCUGCUAACACAUGGCGCCGACCCCAGUAGCACGCGAAUGAGGGGAUCGCAAAUUGAACUGACUACUCCGUUGGAUAUCGCAAAACAGCAAGGAUAUCAAAGUAUAAUGAUUCUCCUCGAGCGUUGCGGACGGAGAAGUCAUUC